AUGGGAAUCAAGUCUUGGAUCCACGAUACUAACCUGCGGGUGGCUCGUAGCCCCGUGGGGACAUGGUUUCGUCUGGAGGGUUGUGGUCAUCCCAAGGAGAGAAAGGGUAGUUACUUCUUUACGGAGAUUCGUGCUGGUCUCGCCACCUUCUUCGCCAUGGCAUACAUUAUCUCCGUCAACAGCAAUAUCACCUCGUUGACGGGUGGAACCUGCGUCUGCCCGGAGGAGGACAUGGCUGAUUUCUGUGCUACAAACGCCGAAUAUGCGCUGUGCACCCAGGAAAUCAACCGGGAUAUCGUCACCGCCACCGCCGCCAUCGCUGCACUGUCAACCUUCUGCAUGGGACUCUUUGCCAACCUGCCUAUUGCUCUCGCCCCUGGAAUGGGACUGAAUGCAUACUUCGCUUAUACCGUUGUGGGUGUCCGUGGUUCCGGCCUGGUUUCGUACUCGACUGCUUUGACUGCUGUCUUUGUUGAAGGCUGGGUGUUCCUCGGCCUGACAAUUAUUGGUAUGCGACAGUGGUUGGCACGUGCCCUCCCCGCAUCUAUCAAGCUAGCUACCGGCUGCGGAAUCGGUCUCUACCUUGCUUUGAUUGGUCUCACUUAUAGUGCUGGUAUUGGAUUGGUGCAGGGUGGCACUGACACUCCCAUUGAGCUGGCUGGAUGUGCCGAGGGCAUGAUGGACCCUGAUACAGGCUUGUGUCUGAGCAGCGAGAAGAUGCGCAGUGCGACGAUGUGGAUCGGUAUCUUCUGUGGUGGUAUCCUGACUGCGUUGCUGAUGAUGUAUCGCAUCAAGGGAGCUGUGAUCAUCGGUAUCCUGCUGGUGUCUAUCAUUUCUUGGCCACGAACAACCCCCGUCACUUACUUCCCCUACACGGAUCUGGGAACGAGCAAAUUCGACUUCUUCAAACAAGUCGUCACGUUCCAUCCCAUUAAACAUACCCUCCUGGCCCAAGAUUGGAACCUCGCGGGCAAGGGUGGAGAGUUUGGGUUGGCCUUUAUCACAUUCUUGUAUGUGGAUAUUCUGGACACAACUGGAACCAUGUACUCCAUGGCCCGAUUUGCCGGUGCAAUCGACGAGGAGACCCAAGAUUUCGAAGGCAGCGCCAUGGCCUACACGGUUGACGCGAUCUCCAUCUCAAUUGGUUCUCUCUUCGGCAGUCCCCCCGUCACAGCAUUUGUCGAGUCCGGCGCUGGCAUUUCCGAAGGAGGCAAAACAGGCCUUACAUCAAUCACCACAGGCAUCUGUUUCUUCAUCGCUGUAUUCUUCGCCCCCAUCUUCGCCUCAAUCCCACCCUGGGCCACAGGCUGCACACUAGUGAUCGUGGGCGCACUCAUGGCCAAGGCCGCCGCAGAAAUCAACUGGCGGUACUACGGGGACGCGAUCCCCGCAUUCCUCACUAUCGCCAUCAUGCCUUUCACAUACAGUAUUGCCUACGGCUUGAUUGCCGGAAUCACAAGCUAUAUCACGCUGAAUGGCAUUGCCUGGAUUCUGGAGAAAGUCAGUGGUGGUCGUAUUGUUCCUCCGAAUAAGGAUGAGUCUGAUCCUUGGUCCUGGAAGCUUAAGGGUGGUUUCCUUCCUCCUUGGGUUAACCGUGCUGCUCAUGGAAAGCGCGACUUCUGGAAACCGGAUGAGGAAUAUGCUGAGAAGACUGGUCCUGCUGAGGCUGGGUCUCUGGCCCUGUCCGAAGAGCGGGUCGCUCAUGAGAAAGGUCAAGAGCCUACCACUGCCCGCUCGGUGAAAUCUGAAUAG